AUGGCGCAGCGUCCCUCGCUGAAGGGCAAGCUCCAGGCGGAGCGCAGAGCGAUGUUCGCGGACGGCGCGUCCCCGUCUGACGCAGAUUACGACCGCUUCCUGGACAAAGUCCGAAACACGCCAGGAUACGAAUUCUACACUAGCAAGACGCACUCGAACUACAGGUCGAGGUUGCGUCCGAGGCGCGAGGCGAUCGCGGCGCGGCGCGUGUCUCAGAGUGUCCAGGCAACGCAAGACGACGCGUCCGAGGGCGCGGUAGGGCGGGAAAACGACGCACACACGGCCCACUGGCAGCAGUGGGAGGGCGUCGGCAAUCACGCCCCUCCCACCACCCCAACCUCCGACGCGAGCUCGUCUACGUCUUCCGAUCGCGCACCGUUCCCUGGCCUCGACGACACGACGGCCGCCGAGCUCGCAUAUGGCACGCUCGCGAUGCGCGCCCCGGACGUGUUUGCGCAGAUGCACGCCGCGCGGGAUCCAACGGUGACGCAAUUCGAGCAGUGGGCGGCGGCCUCGGGCCUCCCCGCCGUCGAGCUUUUCGGUAUGUUCAUCGGGUUCCGUGAGGGGCGCGUCGGCCUGCCUCCUGGGGUCCCAGGCGUCGCUCGUGAGUACGAUGAUCGCGGGUGUAUCGGCUCGGGCGUUGUGGGAGCAGAGCCUCCUGCGACUGCUUGCGGGAUGUGGGGUGAGACUUCCCCUGUUUACUCUGGCCCUUUUCAGGUCCCGUACGAUUUCGCGCACUCGUUCUGA